UAGUAGCGAAAAAUACCUAAAAUGGCAGAUCAAAUAAAUUUCAUCGAAGACUUCGAGAAAUUUGCCAAAAAAAAGAUGUCACCCUAUAAUUGGGGUUAUUACGCGGCAGGAGCUGUGGGAGAAGACUCGGUGAGAGAGAAUUGUGAAGCUUUCAAAAGAUGGAGAUUUCGACCAAAAUUGCUCAGAAACGUAUCAAAAGUUGAUAUUUCAACUACGGUACUUGGCUCAAAAAUCCCAUUCCCAAUUUGUAUUGGUCCAGUAGCAUAUCAUGGUCUUGCUUCGAUUGAAGGCGAAGUAGCAACAGCAAAAGCUGCGGAAUCUCUAGGUGUUGGAAUGGGAAUGAGCAUUUACAGUCAUCGAACAAUGGAAGAAGUCGCACAACAAGCACCGAACUGUAUACGCUGGUGUCAUAUACAAGUCGUUGAGAAUCGGAACAUGAUGAAACACUACGUAAGAAGAGCCGAAAAGGCUGGAUUUAGUGGAUUCAUUGCGACGAUUGACCAAGCGGUAUUUGGGAAAAGACAUCAUACGACCGACGAUGGAGAAACAUACGAGUUUUCAUAUCAGGAGCCAAGAAAUAUUGCAGAAUCAAUCAAACACUGGAAGCCGAAUAUGAAUACAGUUGAAGCUUUUUUGUCUUAUACCAAUGGUUCAUCAGAGUGGGAGAGCAUUGAUUGGUUGAAAAGCAUCACAAAUCUUCCUGUAUUGGUUAAAGGAAUAUUGACCGAGGAAAUGGCAUCAGAAGCGUUGGAACACAAUGUUGAUGGUAUUUUAGUUUCAAACCACGGAGGACGACAGCUUGGUGGAACGUUUUCCACUAUCGACUCCCUUCCCGAAGUGGUGAAAACAGUGAAUGGACGAUGCGAUGUUUACUUUGAUGGAGGAAUUCGUAAGGGAACUGACAUCGCGAAAGCAAUCGCUCUUGGUGCAAAAGCUGUAUUUAUUGGCAGGCGUAUAUGGGGGCUUGCUUGUGGGGGGGAAAAUGGAGCACGAAAAGUUUUGGAAAUUUUAAGAGAUGAAUUCACACUUGCAAUGCAGUUAUUGGGGGUGAAGACACUUCAAGAACUGCAAACAACGCCAAAUUUAGUCGUACAUGAGACACGAAUUCUUUCAAAAUUUUGAUUACAAGUUUCCGAUAUUAUGCUCGAUUUCAUAGUUCAGCCGUUCGAUAUGCUACCUGCAAUUAUAAUCUUUUUUAUGUUGCAAAAUUAUUCAAUAUAUAUAUUCUCAAACGAAGGCAUUGAGAGAUAUAGGCUACAAAUGCAGCAAAUUUAUGGCGUGGAUAUAAAGAGAAUAAGAAGACAGUCAUGGGCCGGAAAGAAUCAAAUUUGGCAGUUUCAUUCUUUGUGCAACAGGACAAUUCUUGAAGAAAAGCCUUAUUCAGGCUAGUACAGAAUAAGCCUUCUAAUUGUGUGGAACACGGUAGCACCAAUAAAAGCAUUUAAAACAAGAAAUUAUGCAAGUGCAACUUGAUCCAUGUUUUUUCAACCUAAAAUGAUUCUCCCCCCUCAAACUAAACUUUGAGAAGGACCUGCUAAGAUAACUCACUGAAUGAGGGUGUACUCCCGAGGUCGUACAUAUUUAGGACGAUUUCGUUUAAUAGCAUACAAGGGGGUAGCUGGCCCAAACUUUUGGUAAGGGCCAUUUUUUCAAUACGACGGUUACCUGCGCCCUUCGUCCCGAACGAGGCCAGGUACAAGUAGAGACUGAUAUGUAACGACAUCAUAAAGAAGAUCUCCACAGACCUACUUUGCUAUCGAAGCAAUAGGAUAUGAUUUAGUUUAAUAGCAGACAAGGGCGUCGCUGGCCCAAAUAUUUGGGAGGGCUAUUUUUUGAUACGACGGUUACUCGCGGUCCUCCUCCAAACGAGGCCAGGUAAACGUAGCGACUAAAGAACCGCUCCACAAACUCACUUCGCUGUCAAAGACAUCCAAGUGCGCAAUCUUAUCUAUUUCGAAUGGUGCGAUAUGUGCCGAAUUAUCAAUGAAUCGCUCAAGAAUAUAGCAGAGUUAAUUAAUCUAACUCGAAAAAAUUCACUUUUGUUGCUCAAUCAGUCAUAUAAAAUAAUGUAGUCAAAUGAACAUAAAUGCCUCACGACAACUUCUCCGAUUUCAAGAUUGUCUCGGAAUUUAUAUACAUGAAAAAACAUAUCAAUUAUCUGUAAAACGAGAGCGUAUGUGAGAGUUGAAAAUAGGGUCAUUUCAUCCAAAGCCUUUGUUUCCAUAUAUUCAAGCAUUGUUCCCUUAUUUCGAAUUAAUUAUUUCAGUCAACGGACAUUUCAGAUGAGGAAGUAGUAGGUCAUUGAAAAUGAACAG